AAGAAUUCAUUGGUCGUUUGAAAAAACAUAGUGUGUGUAUCUGUCAAUUUUUGACAAAAAAAAACCCAAUAAGUGACUCAAUUGUUGUUGUCAAAAUGUUGUAAUUGUUGUGCAAAUAAAACAAUCAUUUAUUAGUCGGCGUCUUCAAUAAAUAAUCAAGCUGUAUAUCCGGUGAAGCCCAGGGUGGGGUCUGAUAUAUAUAAUUAAUUAAUAAUUACAUCAAUAAUUGUGAGAAAUGGAAAAAACAAGUAACAAAACAACAUUGUCUCAUUGAAAAUAAAUUGAGAAAUAAAUAAUAAGCAAGCCAAUUGAAAUAAAAUUGAGUAAAUAAAAUAAAAAUAUAAACAAUGGCACGACCAAUAAUGCCAAGUCAACAAAAAUUGGCUGAAAAAUUAUUGAUACUAAAUGAUCGUGGUAUUGGAAUGUUAACAAGAAUAUAUAAUAUUAAAAAAGCAUGUGGUGAUGCAAAAUCAAAGCCAGCAUUUUUAUCAGAUAAAACACUUGAAUCAUCAAUAAAACAAAUUGUUCGUAAAUUUCCAAAUAUUGAUAUUAAAAGUUUACAAACAAUAACAAAUUUACGUAAUGAAAUAAUAAAAUCAUUGUCAUUGUAUUAUUAUACAUUUGUUGAUUUACUUGAUUUUAAAGAUAAUGUAUGUGAGCUUCUAACAACAAUGGAUGCAUGUGGUGUAAACAUGGAUAUAACAAUAAAUUUUGAUUUAACAAAAUUAUAUCUUGAUCUUGUUGUGACAUAUGUCAGUCUAAUGAUAUUGCUAUCAAAAGUUGAAGAUAGAAAAGCAGUAUUAGGAUUAUUCAAUGCUGCCCAUGAAAUGGUACACAGUCAAUCAGAUCAUAGUUUUCCACGUCUUGGACAAUUGAUAAUGGAUUAUGAUAUACCAUUGAAAAAAUUGGCUGAAGAAUUUGUACCACAUUCAAAAUUAUUGCGUAAUGCAUUGGCAAGUUUAUGGAGUGUUUAUCCUGGUAGAAAUAUAACAGCAGAUACAUGGCGUGCUGAUCAAAAAUUGAGUCUUGUUGGUAGUCCUGGACAGCUGCUAAAAGCAUCAGCAACUGAUACAAUGUCAUGUGAAACAUUGAGCUUAGAUAAAAUUGAAAGAUGGAUUAUAUUUGGUUUUACAUUGUGUCAUACAUUUUUAUCACAAGAACAACCAAAUAAAUUAUGGACAACAGCACUUGAAUCUGGUUGGGUAUUGUCAUUAUUUCGUGAUGAAGUUAUUUAUAUUCAUCAAUAUAUACAAUCAUUUUUUGAAACAAUAAAAGGCUAUGGUAAACGUGUAUCAGAAGUUAAAGAUUGUUAUAAUCAUGCAAUACAAAAAUCAAGUUAUCGUCAUAGAGAAAGAAGAAAAUUUUUACGUACAGCAUUAAAAGAAUUAGGUUUAAUAUUAACUGAUCAACCUGGUCUUCUUGGUCCAAAAGCAUUACUUGUUCUAAUGGGUUUAUCACAUUCAAGAGAUGAAAUAUUAUGGCUAUUGAGACACGGUGAUAAUCCACCAACUCAAGGUAAAUCAAAAGGACGUGGAAGUGAAGAUCUUGUUGAUCGUCAAUUACCAGAAUUAUUAUUUCAUUGUGAAGAGUUGCGUGCACUUGUACGUAAAUAUUCACAAGUAUUACAACGUUAUUAUGUACAAUUUUUAUCUGGUUAUGAUGCACCAUGUUUACAUCAAAUGAUACAAAAUCUUCCACUAUGUCCAGAGGAUGAAGCAUCAAUUUUAAGUGAUUUAUGUUCAAUAAUAUCAAGUGUUACUGUCAAGCAAGUUGAGGAUAAUGAAUUAUUUGAUUUUCGUUCAUUGAGAUUAGACUGGAUUAGACUACAAGCAUACAUGUCAAUAACAAAAUGUAGUAUGAAUUUAAUGGACAAUCGUGAAUUGGCAUGUUUAAUGGAUACAAUAAUAUUUCAUACAAAAAUGGUUGAUAAUUUGGAUGACAUGCUUGUUGAAACAUCAGAUUUAUCAAUAUUUUGUUUUUAUUCAAAAAUAUUUGAGGAUCAAUUUCAUAUGUGUCUUGAAUUUCCAGCUCAAAAUAGAUACAUCAUAUCAUUUCCAUUGAUAUGUUCACAUUUUCAAAGUUGUACACAUGAAUUAUGUCCUGAGGAACGUCAUCAUAUACGUGAAAGAAGUUUAUCUGUUGUUAAUAUGUUUCUUGAUGAAAUGGCUAAAGAAGCUAAAAAUAUUAUAACAACAAUAUGUGAUGAACAAUGUAAUAUGUCUGAUAAACUAUUACCAAAACAUUGUGCCCAGCUAAUAUCACAAGUUGUAAAUAGAAAAAAAAAAGAUAAAAAUAAAAAAAAUAUAUAUGAAAUAUAUAAACCAGGUGUUGAAAGUUAUCGUAAAACACGUGAAGAAUUAACAACAAUGGAUAAACUACAUAUGGCAUUGACUGAAUUAUGUUAUGCUAUUAAUUAUAAUCCAACAAUAAAUGUUUGGGAAUAUACAUUUGCACCACGUGAAUAUUUAAAUCAACAUUUAGAAACAAGAUUUGCACGUGCACUUGUUGGAAUGGUGAUGUUUAAUGCUGAAGCUAGUGAAAUAGCUAAACCAUCAGAAUUAUUUGUAAGUGUACGUGCAUAUAUGAAUGUGUUGCAAACAGUUGAAAAUUAUGUUAAUAUUGAUAUAACACGUGUAUUUAAUAAUGCAUUAUUACAACAAACACAAUCACUUGAUUCACAUGGUGAUAAAACAAUUGCUGCAUUAUAUACACAAUGGUAUUCUGAGGUAUUAUUGAGACGUGUUAGUGCUGGUAAUAUAUGUUAUUCACAAAAUCAACGUGCAUUUGUUAGUUUAUCUGUUGAAGGUUCAAUACCAUUUAAUGCUGAAGAAUUUUCAGAUAUAAAUGAGUUACGUUCACUUGCUGAAUUAAUUGGACCAUAUGGUAUGAAAAUGUUAAAUGAAACAUUAAUGUGGCAUAUAUCAAGUCAAGUACAAGAAUUAAAAAAACUUGUUACUGGUAAUAAAGAUAUUUUAAUAUCAUUGAGAACAAAUUUCGAUAAGCCAGAUGUUAUGAGAGAACAAUUUAAAAAAUUACAACAAGUUGAUAAUGUUCUACAACGUGUUACAAUUAUUGGUGUUAUAUUGAGUUUUCGUCAGUUGUCACAAUCAGCACUUGUUGAUGUGCUAGAAGAGAGAAUACCAUUUUUAUUAAGUUCAAUAUUAGAUUUUAGACAUCAUUUACCAUCUGGUGAUCCAAUGAGAGUUGUAUCUGAAAUGACAUCUGCUGCUGGUUUAACAUGCAAAGUUGAUCCAACUUUAACUGUUGCAUUGAGAAAUCAAAAAACUGAUAUUGAUGAUGAUGAACAUUUAAUUGUUUGUUUAUUAAUGGUAUUUGUUGCAGUAUCAAUACCAAAAUUAUCACGUAAUGAUAAUUCAUUUUAUCGUGCAUCAUUAGAGGGACACUCAAAUAAUAUACAUUGUAUGGCAACAGCAAUUAAUAAUAUAUUUGGUGCAUUAUUUACAAUAUGUGGACAAAAUGAUAUUGAAGAUAGAAUGAAAGAAUUUUUAGCACUUGCAUCAUCAAGCUUAUUAAGACUAGGACAAGAAACUGAUAAAGAAGCAACUAAAAAUCGUGAAUCUGUUUAUUUAUUGUUGGAUCAAAUUGUUCAAGAGUCACCAUUUCUAACAAUGGAUUUAUUGGAGAGUUGUUUUCCAUAUGCACUCAUUAGAAAUGCUUAUCAUGAUGUUUAUAAACUUGAACAUUCACAAACAUAAAUUAAUUUUAUAAAAUUAAUUUAAUUUUAAUACAAUUUCUUUUUAAAUAUUAAUUUAAUAAUUUAAAAUGUACCUAAGUUUUAUAUUCUAAGCUGAAUUUAUUUUGGCUUGUUAAAUGCCAAAUGUCACGCGCCAUUUGUGUCAAAUUUUUUUUCAUUAAAAAAUAAAAUAUUUAAAAUUAUUAUUUUUGAUUAAUGGUGACCAGAAGAAAAUGAAAUACAUCUAGCAUAUUUGAGUCACGUAGAUUAGUGGAUUUUAUUUUUUAAAAUUAUAUUAUUAUUAUUUUUUUUUUUUCUUUUUGCAAUUAAUAUAGAAUUGCGCUUUUAUAUUAUUAUUUACUUUUUUUUGUUCUGAUGAAUUUAUGAUGGUUUAAUUAAAUUUCAAAAAAAAAAAAAAGAUUCAUAUUAUCGUGAUGUAUCCGCCAAUGUAUUUGCGCAUUUUUAAUGUAAAUUUAUAAUAAUAUUUUACAAUAGUUUAUAAAUAAAAUAAAAGGCAAUAUUAUGCCACAAAAAAAUUAAUAUAUUUGUUUUUUUAAUGUAAAAUGUAUUCCUUUAUUUAAUUCUUUACAAUUUUUUUUUUUUUAUUUUCAUGUAAUCACAUUAACUUAGCAUAAAAGAGAG